AUGUUGUCUGAUGCAAGGGAAGAGCAGCUCAAGAAUCGCGGGUUGAAGCGAACCAUUCAACGGAUGCGGCCAAAUUUGGUGAGAAAAGUUGAGAUGAAAGGCGGGUUGCUGCGAUGUGGAAAGGCGUGCAGGCUGCGUUGGAUGAAUUACCUUCGUGGCAAUAGGUGGUCGUUGAUAGCAGGCCGCAUUCCUGGUCGAACGGACAAUGAGAUUAUAAAUCACUGCAACUCUCAUUUGAGCAAACGGGUUGAGGAGACCAAAAUCCAGGCUGCUCAUAAACAGCCAAGCUCUCAGGGUAAUAAUAGUUUUCCAAUUUCUCAAAUUGAAGAAGUUUACAAUGCGAGAGCAUAUGCUUCGCAAGGCUCUGUCUUAAGGGCAUUUUUAGCCCCUGCAACCGGCAAAAGAGCAUGGCAAGUGUAUGCUCUUUCAAAUUCUCAUCUACAUCUCUUGGAGACCUUUCCAACGAGAUCAACGGCUCGUAGUUUUGAGUCCCGUGCAAAAAGUUAUGUCUAG